UCAAACAUAGGAAGUGAAAGGUAGGUUGCGCGACCACAGUUAUACAGCUCAGAAAUAUCGUCGUAAAUACACGAAAAUAACACGUUGGGACUUAGUUUACCAGCCUGAAUCAGAAGACCUUUUCAGUAAGUAAGAGUACGGUCCAUCAGAAUCAGAGUAAGAUGUAUAAAUGUGGUAGACAUUGCAUACUUAUAGGCAGUUUUCAGAGGCCACGGUGGUGCGGGCAUAGAUAUCAUAUGGGCGUGAGCUCUGUGGUCAGAUGACGUGUUGACAAUUCGAGAUUCGAAGAAAACCCGGAGUGUGUGAGACUGAAACGGGACUGUCAGACAGCCGAAUGCUACAGUCGGUGGCAACUUGAAUUCAUUGUGGACAUUCUAAUGGGGAACCAAGAACUCUAUCCUUUUUUUAACCUAACGAACAGAAUAUUUGACUAACUGCAGAGACGUGCGAAGAAAGUAAAAAGGGGAGAGAGGCUUUUAGAUAUUAAGGGUAAAUUCAAUACCUAUAGCUAUCAAUGUGAAAGAUAUUAGUUUUGUUUCAUAAACAGAGUAAGUUCAUCAAUUGUACACCAUGUCUUAUACACACAUCACCAUUUUGAAGCAGUCAUUUUGAUGUGUUCAAAAGACGAAGAUGUGGAAAAAACAAAUGGCCGAGUAUCAGGAAAUUAUCCAAUGCUUAUUUAUUGUUUGCAUGUAUAAAACUAUUAUUAUUAUUGUACUUAUUAUAUUUACAGUUUGUUCAUUCAUUUGGUAAAUGGAGACAUUGUUGCAGCAGAUCUUUAAUUAUGUUAAAGAUACUAUCAGAAAUUGAGACCAUAAUUAUGAAAAUUAAAUCUAGAAUCAUUAUAUACAACACCAUAUUAAGUACAGCACUGUAUCAAUAUAUGGCAAUAAUGCAAGCUUUAGAAAAAGAAGUUAAAAAUUGUGUCACAAAUAAUUUAUGGUCGAAUAUGAUUUUUCAUUUUUAUCAUUUAUUUGUUUUCGUAAUAGGUUACUUUUCAAAUCUGAUCUUUUCGGUGAGUUUUACGAAUGACAAACACUGAACAUUCUCUUUAUUGGGUUUAUGGUAAAGGUCACACAGGUCCCUUCCGCCUAUAUCACGAUCCUGAUUGGCUGAGCUCCUCUCCGCAUUUUCCUACCACCCUUUGCUCCAGUCCCGUGAUUGGUUGUUGUGUUUCUGUCAGGCGAUGGUGCGGGCCGUGUGGGCGGUGCUUCGGAUGGUGUCCUGUCAAGGGGCGGCUGCACUGAACUUAAACGUGUCUGGUAGCGUUAUAGACGCAGCAUCGAGCUUUAGGUCUGUCCACGUACCUUUCAGAGCUGCACACAGGUAAGACAAACCUCUGCGAAGCGGGAGAUUAGCCCGAGGUAAUCCUGGUGACUGUAAACCGGGUUCUGGUCUCAGUUGUUCUAAAUUCAGCUGUAAUGAAGAGCAAUUCUGCAGUCAGAAUAAACACUGUUGUUGACGUUCACAACUACAACUCUAAAGCUGGGUAUGUUCUUUUUAUUUCGGCAUUGAAAAUGUAAAGCUGGCUGUGCGUUAUGCAGUUUUAUUUUAGCUUGGACAUUUUGUAAACAUUGUGUCAAAGCAGGACUGAUUCUUGCAACCAGCAGUUUUACUCAUUAUCAAAUAUUCUGCUAAUUAUUUCACGUGAAUUAACUAGUUGUUGAAUCUCAUUUCAAAGAACCAAGAUUUGUGUCACAGGAAAUAAAAGAUUUGAAGAGCUGCAGAGCUCAGGUCUGUAAAAACAUAACUUCAGGUGCAUCUCAACAAAUAAAACUGUUCUUGUUUUAAGCCAAUGGCCGAUGGCUGGUCAGGCCAAUCAGUUAAGCAAAACAACAUCAUGGUCAGGGAAAAGAGUUUUGAUGCUGUGGGCAGGUGCUAAAUCUGGCUGGGAAAGGAAAUCAGCACCUGCAAGAAAACCUGUCGGCAGAUGAAGUGUUAGAAAUCUCUGUAGACAGCUGUGUUGAUUUUGGACUGGAUAAAACAAAACAUGUGAAAUAUAUUAGCAUCAGUCUAGAAAAUCUAAGCUAAUACUGGAUCUGAUUCAAAAACAUAACAGAUAUAAACAAUUCCAGUUCCCAAUGUUUUCUUUUCCCUUUCAGCCAGAGACCCAUGUUAAUGUUCUCUAUUUUUGUUGCUCAUGUUUAGAUUAUGGCUGCUCCUCAGGCUCUGUUAACUUCAAAACUCCAAGGAAAGCAGCAGUGUCUUCUUGUCAAAGUGUACAGCUCAUUUCUUAAUGUGAGUAAACACUAAACUGUAUGCUGUUUCUCCCUCUGUGCUCUGCAGCAAGGUCAGACACCUUUCUUCAGCAGUCAGAAUGCCUGAGAUCACCACAGACCACCUGGACAAGAAGCAGGUGCAGCUGCUUUCAGAGAUGUGCAUUCUCAUUGAUGAGAAUGACAGUAAGAUCGGAGCGGACUCCAAGAAGAACUGCCACCUCAACUCCAACAUCGACAAAGGCACUUGUCCCUCAUGUUACACCUCACACACCUGUUUUGCUAAUAUUUUUGAUUUGAGACUUUGAAUCUGUGUCUCUGUCCUAUCAGGUUUAUUACACAGAGCUUUCAGCGUUUUCAUCUUUAACAGCGAGGAGAAGCUGCUCCUACAACAGAGGUCAGACGCCAAAAUCACUUUUCCAGGUCAGUGAUAAAUCCUUGAACAGGAAUUAGAAAAUGUUCCAACCUGAAUCCAAUGUUCAUGUAUUUUCGGUGUUAAAAGAUGAGAAAUAAUUGUUAGGAGUUUUGUUAUUACUCCUGUCGAUUGCACCAUAAGGCAUCAAACAGACUGUCACAGCUGCAAACAUAAUCCUUUGAGGGUAAACAUUAAAAAGGCAGAAGUCCUUGUUUUUGUGUCUGACAGGCUGAGGGUUAGUGUCUGACAACAUCACGGAAAGGAUCCUUGCAGAGAGAGAACUUUUUGAAAGAGGCCGGUCCUCUCUGUGUUUUUGAUAUUCAGGCUGUUUCACCAACACGUGCUGCAGUCACCCGUUACACACAGACAGUGAGCUGGAGGAGAAGGAGGCGAUUGGAGUGAGGAGAGCUGCUCAGAGGAGACUGGAGGCUGAACUGGGGAUCCCCAUGGCGCAGGUCCACCCAGUGUGUGCAUGUGUGUAAUCAAGUCCUGGCAGUGUUGUGUAACUGAGGAGGGUUAUUGACAUAUCCUCUGUAUUCCCAUCACUCCUCAGGUGACACCAGACGAGAUGACGUACCUGACAAGGAUUCACUACAAGGCACAAUCAGACGGCGUGUGGGGGGAACAUGAGAUCGACUACAUCCUCUUCAUGCAGAAGGUAGAGAUGGCAUGUCUAAUCCCUACAAUGUGAGAUAGGAGCUCUCCACCCCUCUUAAUAAGUCUACAGGUGAAAUUAAAGUGAACAUUUUUAUUUCAUAUUUUCUGUUGAUUGAGGUUAUUCUAACAUGUUUGAGUGUGGUCCACAAACAUAAGCAAGGAUCGAGACUGGAGAGAAACAACAUGAUGAGACACAGAAUCAAGCAGGGUUUUUAAGAGUAAUUAUUAUUGUUUAUAUCAUCAUCACCACAGCAGAAGCAUCAUUAAAGCCGCUGUCAUCAAUAUUUUCUUUAGCACUAAGUGCAGAGUCACUCAUUAAAAUAGCUGGGUCUGGAACUUUCUCAGAGGUAGAAGGGGACUGUGCAGAUCAGAUGUGGUUGGUAACUCAUUUUAUUCCUGGGGACUACCGGGGAGGAAAGUCUAGCCCUAAAGUCCAUAUUCCACAGGAUCUGUUUUGAGCAUGUUGCAUCAGCGUUGAGUGUUAUGCAACAAAUACGUUUCUAUUCAAAUCAAUGCAGCAUCACACACAGGAAGCUCCGCAGUGCAUAUCAGCUUCAUCCCAGAAGUGUCUCUACCCGCUGCUCCGCUAAAGUUACAUGCUGAGUCUAUUUUGAAUCAAGCACACGCCAAACACCCGUCAAACUGCUCAAAGAAGAUAGUUCUAGACAGGAUGUCACACAAGGAGAGACGCAUGUCAUCCGCUAAAAUCUAAAACACUAUAUGUAGACUGUUUAUCAGUUUGUGUAGAUAAAAAAUACUUCCUGAUUAUGGAUUUAUCAUUGACACAGAACAACCCAUGGCCUAUCCUUGAUCCAGGAAAAUGAACACAGAGAAGCAAAGAAGACUGUUGUGAGCACAUUGUUUUCUGUAUACUAAGUCAGCUGACCAGGGCUGUACUACACUGCUGCUACGCUGCUGCCAUGUUCCAAACACAGAUCCUGUAGAAUAUUUAGUGCGCUGCCCAAUGGAGCAGAGGCAUGACGUUGACGGAACACACUCAACAUAGAUCUUGUGGAUUAUCGACUCAAGUGUGUAGGUGUUCCCAAAGAAGAUGGGUCUUAAGCUUUCUUUUUGAAGAAAAACAUGAGACUCUGAAGAUUCCAGAUUGUUCUAAUGUGAACUGCUCUCAGUAUGUCAAACAAUCAUCAUCAUGCACAGCUACUCCGUCUUUAUGUCCCUCUGUAGGAUGUGGAGUUGAAUCCGGACCCCAACGAGAUCAAAAGUCACUGCUAUGUGAGCAAAGAGGAGUUGAAGGAGAUGUUGAAGAAGGCAAAGAAAGAGGAGGUGCAGAUCACACCCUGGUUCAGCCUAAUUGCAGAGACCUUCCUCUUCACCUGGUGGGACAACCUGCACGACCUGAAGCAGUUCAUGGAUCACAAUAAGAUCCACCGCAUGUAGACAACCAGGAUCAGGGUAGCCUCUGAUCAUUUGACACAUGCUGAGCUGCUGCAGACUCUCUAGCCUUUGAAAAACACUGUCACCGUAGGAGCGCAGGACUUCUUCACAUGCAGAGGAGCUGAGAAUAUACAAGUGUUGAUUUAAAUGAGAGGAGGAUUGUUCACAGUAGGAUCGUAGCUCUUAGGGGCGUUAAUCUGCGAGAGAGAGGUGAUGAUAGCCGACUGACUCCAUCUGAAGUUUUUGAAAAACACCUAUCAGGUUGUCGUUUCUGUUAAGCUGCACAUGGAUGAAAGUGAGACACUUAACAAGUUUCUUAUUUACAAAUCCACGAGGGAUAGAAUUUUUUUUUAUAGAAAACUUUAAGUGCCUGAGUCCAGAGGGGUGCACUCUGAAACAACCAUGAUUUAUUCGGUCCUUACAAAAACCCAAAGCCCCAGUUAGAAACGACGUGUACAGAAAUAAAGGUGGUUAUCAUCUGUCUGCCUGAACUACUGACUGAAAAGUUCAUGAUUUUUGUUUUCAUUGCACAAAAUGUGAUGAUUCAGUCCAAUUCUCAUAAAAUACAGAAAAGAAGAUAAGAAAGAAAUGAGGGUUAAAGUGACAUUUCAUUGCAGAAAUUCUUUAGUUUGUAAAAUUAUCAUGUGACAUUAAAUAGUCUAAAAGUGACAACCUCACAGUUUGUCGGUCUGCAGUUUGAUGACGGGACUUGUGUUUGCAGCUUGUCUCCUGAAUCCACAAUAGAUCUGAAUUUAUGGGUUUUUCUGUCACCAAGUUGUCACGGAUCCAUCAGAAUGUAGCUGACUGUGAGUCUGAGCUUCAUCUGGCUGCAUCAGUGUUGUAAAGCAUGAACAUUAAAACCAGACUCUCAUGCAGGUUAGACAGUUUGUUGAAACAAUAAAUUCAGACUUUUGUCAUUUGUUUACUUUUUUAAUGAUGUAGGGAUAAGAAAGUUGAUCAUUUGGUUUACAGUUGAUUAUUGGUGCAGUAGUAAGCACUGCAGUCUGCAGAGUACAGCAAACAACAAGCAGCCCAAUUUCCCAACUUUAUAACAUUUUCAGAUUUGGUUAAUGUAAUACGAACCAAUGUCUUUUUGCAGCUUUAGAUGCACCAAUCACUCCUUUAGUAUUUUUUAACCAAAUAUUCAAUAACCAAAAUUCUCUCACCAACUAAAUUUUUGUCCACAAGGGGGUGCCAAAUUUGACACAAACUGAAGGUUACUCUCAGGAAAUUUAAAGGAAUGUGGAUCAAAAUGCAGCUCUGGUACACAAACAUUUAUCAGUAUAAGAUUUCCGAGUUCAAAUAAUUUGCAGGUUUUUAAUAAGUCAUCAGAUGUUUAACGUGUCAUCAGGAUUUUAACUUGUCUUCAGGUCAAAAGACAUGAUCAGUCGUUUGUGGGUUUGGCCGAAUGCGAAGGGAUCUACACAGUCUGGUUUUAUAUUCUCCAAAAACAAAAAAUUGAGGAAGAGAGAUCUGCAACUAGAUUUAAAACUAGCUUCUUAGAGGAAAAAGGCUCAUUCUUAAUGUGGCUCUAUGACCUACACUACUACAAACAGUCACCUUAAAGACAGUAACAUAAAACCGUCAGUUUCUAUUUUGCAGACUCAUUUUGUUGAUUUAUCUUUGAAAAGACAGGUGGAUAAGCCUGCUGGUCUCUCCUGACACAUGAUUUACAGUUUAUUAUGAGAUACUAUGUAUUCCCUUGAGUCUUUAAAAGUUUUUUAAAAACAUAACAUGAAUUAUCAUAGAAUAAAAACGUACCAGAACAAACUUACAAAUAAAGAUUUCUACAAAGACCUAGAAAAUGCACAAAAAUUGAUCAGCUGAUUGGAAUUAAAGUGGAGAUUUACUUUUCUGACACUGUGGCAGUAAAGAAAAAAAAUACAUUUUAAGCCUUGAAGUGUCAUACUAAAGGAUUAGGGUUAGAGGCUUUCAGGAGACAUGGGGCAGGUACUUUGUUAUGUCUCGCCAAAUUCAGAUAGUGUUGUAGAUAAUAGGGUUAUGAUGGAUGUCCAAAGAUCUCUUUUUUCCAUAGUUUGUUAGUUUACUCAGCAAGGAGUAGGAAGAGGGGAACCACUCAUCAAUACCUGUUUCAGAUUUUAAAUGGGACUGUAGCCAGUUCCAGACUAUUUGGGUGUGGCAGGCCCAGUUAUAAAAUCUUUAAUUCAGUAGGGCUAAACCUCCUUGUUCCCAAGGCAGCUGUAAGGUCUUAAUUUUAAUUCUGUGCUUUUUAUUGUGCCAAAUAAAUUAUGAAAAAGCCCUUUCUAUAUCUGAAAUUACCUUCUUUGAAAUCCAUAAUGCAUCUGCAAAGGAUAAAGUAAUCUAGGGAGUAUGUUAAUCUUUAUGAGACUAAUUCUACCCAUGCAGAAGAGGGGGAGGUCAUGCCAUCUCUCAAGGUCAUUCUUAACUGCUCUAAUUGUAGGCACAAAAUUAAGUCUCCACAGGUCCUCAACAUAAGGUGACACACUGCUACCAAGAUAGGCAAAGCCUGAAGUGGCCCAUCUGAAUGGAAAGUUUGCAACUGAACUCAUGCUGCUGUAAUUCCCCAAGGGCAUAGCCUCAGAUUUUGUGUAAUUUACUUUGUAGCCAGAUAUUGAAUCAAAUGAAUUAAUAACUGACAGAGUGGCAGGGAAAGAAAAAAAAGAAAAAGUAAAAUGUCAUCAGCACAUAACGCUAUCUUGGGGGUGGUCUUGCCUAAAGUAACCCUGUGAAUAUCCUCACUAUUCCUGAUGCGUCCUGCCAGUGGCUCUAAUGUGAGGGCAAAAAGAGGGGGGAGAGCAGGCAGCCCUGUCUUGUCCCUCUACCGAGUGGGAAGGGGGGAGAGCGCACACCAUUGGUCAAGACACAGGCCUCUGGCGAAUAAUAGAUAAGUUUUAUCCAAUUUAUAAACUCCUCUCCUAAUCCAAACAUGUCCAGGACAUCCCACAUGAAUCCCCACUCGACCCUAUCAAACACCUUUUCCGCAUCUAAUGAUAUAGCCAGUGCCCGGUGUUGCAUCUGUGAGGAAUACUGUAUAACAUUUAGAAGUCUUCUCACAUUAGAAUACAAAAACCUUCCCCUGAUAAACCCUGUCUGAUCCUCAUUUAUGAGUGAAGGUAAGUCAUUCUCCAACCUUCUGGCCAGCACUUUAGAAAGUAUCUUGCUGUCCACAUUUAUAAGACUGACAGGUCUGUAAGCUCAACGGAAGUAUUACAUUCGGUGGAAUAUCACUUGUAGUAGAACUGUCAUAAUAUUGUUAAUUUUCUUUGAUUCAUGGACUUUGUCUCCAUUACAAUCUUUAAGUGAUGAUAUUAAACUAAUGGUGUUUCUUUCCCUUGCCAGGCGAGCAAGAAGGCGGCUAGGUUUAUUACCAUGUUCAUAUAGCCUCUGUCUGGCAAAAAGGAUAGAAGCUGCUUUGCUUGUUAAGAGUUGAUUAAGGGCCAAAUGGGUGAUUGUUAAUGCUGUAAAAGUCAGACGGACUGUUUCGUAUUCGAGCAAGAGCUUUAUUAGCAGGUUUGAUAUGUUUGGCACAUCAUUACAAGUCAUUUACACUAUGAAGCUGGUUCACAACAGAACACUACAGGUUUCAUUGCGCAACCUUACAAAACAAUAUAGAUCACAACUUCAAAAAACAUGUUUCUGCCAAAAAAAGUAUACAUUUAAAUUCAAUUUAUAUUCUUUGUACAUUUGAUAACUAUUGCAGGUUUAAUACUAAUGUUGUCUUUAAUAUAUAGGGUAAGAAAUAAGAAGUUAAUGGCCACAUGGAACAGAUAACACCUCUCAGUCUUGGUCUUGCUGUGUCAUAUCUGAGGAAUUAUGACAGCUGAUGCAUAUGUAAACUCAGAGACAUUGGCACCAAGGUUUACAACAUUGAGUUAACACGUUAUGACAGAUGAGACUGGCACAAACAACCAGAACUACAGCUAAAACACUUUUCAGCUCUGAUCAGAGUUUUAGGACCACAACGCAGAAGCAUGAAUAAAGAGAAAAAUAUACAAAACUUGGGUCUCUGUGAUGGAUGAUGAUGUGAAAGAAGAGUGCAUUACACAGCAUGUGCAACAUUAACUUAAAUACAUAGAUCAUGUGCUGACAAAGCUGUGUAAAAACCUUUUGAAUGACUGUAGUGCCCUUCUGUUGGAGCCAUCAAACAGAAAUGAAAAUGAAGUCAAAGUGCUGCUAGGUUUGCUGUGACUACAUGGGUUUUCAUUUAAACACUAAUUUACAAUUUCAUGAUAAGUGCAUCUCUGGUUUUCUUGACACUUAGACUCUUUUUUUCCACAUAAUUAGAAAAAAAAUGGUUUUCCUGUUACAGAAGAUUCCGUUAAACAUUUUCUCUACGUUAUAAAGCUCAUGUUUUAGUGAUAAUGGGAUACUUUCCUGUCCAUCUAGAAAACAUCACAACAGCCUGGUCACUGUGACAGGCCAGACUACAUCACCCCAUUGCAGCCACUGUCCACGAGAUAUGAGCCGGGGGUAGGGUUGGGAAUCGAGAAUCGAGAAUCGAUGGGAAUCGGGACUAAAUCUUCGAUUCUUCAGGUAUCGUUCAAAUAUUAAAAUUUCGAUUCCAAGUUUCGAUGCCAGAGUCCGCCGACCGGAAGAAAUAGCCGCCGAAAAUCAACGAAGAAGAAGCCGCUUAACACCAAUGAGGACGGAGCGUAUGAGACAUAGCCACACAGAGAGAGGAGA